ACUUGCAGCAGUAGCAACAACAACAGCAACAUCAGCAACUACUGAUAAAGACCGGCUGGCAACAGAGAAGCGGCCACUUGCAGCAACAUAAUUUCAAAGUCGGAGCGUGGGAAUCGCAAAUCACGGCAGCAACACCAGCAACAAUCAUCACAGCACGGCAGCAACAUCGGUCUCUCGUCGCUCUCCAAAGCGCUCUUCUCGCUCGCCGUUCUCCCGCUGGCGUUGCUCCGUCUCCCUCGCUCAGCCACGACACCUCUCGCUUGCACUCGCUGUGGAGCGUUCGCGUAUAUUUGGAGGCGUUGCGGCGACCGCUCACGACAGUUGUGCUUGGAACGCUUCGGAGUGAAGAUCGUGCUCGUCCGAUCGGUGCGCGUGAAAAAAAAUUACACGGCGAACAAAAAGAGUCAAAAGCCCAAACAAUUGACAAGACACGAAACAUAAACACAAGUGUAAAAGCAAAUGCUUGAGAGCAACAAAAAAGAAAUUGUUUUUUACAAAUCUCGCACGUAAAUUAGCAAGCGUUCGCAAGAAACAAGCCGCAGAUAUAACUAAAAAAACCAAAAUAAAAAACUUUAUUAAACAAAAAACCCAAAACUUUGGCUGUAAAUGUGAAGAGACGAGAGAAACAGCGGAUAUACCGAGUGAAAUUUGUGUCAUAAGCAAAGCCAAAACAAAACCGAAAAGCCAAACAAAAUAAAAGGCCAUAAGUGACUGUGAAACUGUAAAGUGAUGUGUGGUAAUCGAAAAACAGCAUAAAGAAUGGCCAUAGACCUCCUGAUCCUGGCCCUGCUGCUUGUCUCGUUCCUGAUCAACCUGCUGGCGCUGUGUGCCUUUUGGAUAACGCCAGGCUUGAGGACUACAGCGAAUCGUUUUACGAUCAAUCUGCUGGCCAUCAAUCUCAUUGGGUGCUGCAUCUUGGCCCCCACCUUGUUCCUGGGACUGCCGGGCAAAUCUUCUGCUGUCACUUCACCAUCGGAGACCUUGGAAUUCUUCUCGAAGCCGGGUAACCAUCAGGUCAUAUUCCGUCGAAAUGGUCAGCUUGUGGAGCAGGAUGGCGUCGUGGUGCGAAAGAAUAUCAGCGAAAACGGCGAUACGGUGGAGACCUUCUUCAAGUGCAACGCCACUUAUUGUCGCGAGUUGACCAUCGAUGAGCGCGGCGAUGGUGGCUUUGUUAUUACAGAGACCGAGACCCAUGAGGAGAACCUCUCGGCCUUUGAGAGUUUACCCACAGAGGCUCCCAUCUUGCCACCUGUGCAACUGAGAUGUUGGUCCAUAGACAUGACUGCAGCUCUGGGAGCCUUGGCAGUUCUGCUUGUGGUGGGGGAUACCUGGUGUGCGGUCACAGAUCCCCUGCGUUAUCAUAGUCGCAUCUCGGGGCUAAAAACCUGGAUCUUCAUAGCACUCACCUGGGUGGUGGGUAUUCUGUUUGGAGCUCUAUCCGCCUUUCGAGUUCUGGACUUUGAUGCGGACGCCUUGUUCAGCAGACAACGCCGCAUGGCAGUCACGUACUUCAAUAUCAGCAGCACAAACAGUAUUUUCGGAGUGAUAUACGCGAGUGUAUACUUCAUCGUUAUCAUACUCCUGCCCUUUGGCUUUGUGUGCGGAAUGUACUGGAGGAUCUUCAGUGAGGCCCGCGGUAAUGGGUUGCGCAUGCGCCAGAAUGGAUCAUCGCCGCUUUUGCAGAGCGCCUUGAAUCUGACAGCUGGCCAACAGGCGGCUCAAACGAAUCAGUUUUCCAACAGCUUGUGUGUUCAUAGGCAUUCCAUAUCCUCGGCCAGUUCGCAUGGUGGAAACAGCAGCUUGGGCAUUGGCCUUGGCGGUCUGCAGAUGCAAAUUGAUCAGCGCCAGCAACCAAGGAGUUCACCUAGCUGCUUGAGGAGGGAUUCAGCGGCUAAAGUUCUGCUGCCCACCAUUUCCGAUGAUGGUGGCUCAGAUGCGGAAAGUGGAGCCGGAGUACAACUAAUGCCAGUGCAGGAGCACUCUCUGUCUGAUCGAAAUCAGAAUAUAAUGCUGACUCUGCAAACGGCCAGUGGAGAGAUCAAGAGGAACUACUCCGCUAGACAGUUACCCCUGUUGGGCACUUCCUCUCAAGAUCUGAGGGAGGCUCAUCGUCUCCAAGGCAUUCGCCAGGUGCACAGCUCCCCAAAUCUGCACAAGUACACUGAACUGCGUCAGGAUUCUUUGAGUGAGGAGUGUGGCUCGCCGCAUCUUUUGGGCCAUGCCCAGCGGCAACAGCAGCAGCAAUCGCAGCAGUUGCACCUGCAGCAUCAGCAGCACCAACAUCAUCACAACCACCAGCAUCACCCGCACUUCAGUUCGCCACGUCACCAGCAGCACGGGCACGCCCUCCAAAUACCCGCCAUCCACGCUUCCCCCAAGGCUCUCAGCUACAUGAGCUCCUUGCGACAUCGUCUGAGCAACGCUAGUUCGCUGUUCAAAUACCGGGAGGAGUCGAGAGCCGCCCGCAUCAGCAUUUUGGUUGUGGUGAUGUUUGUAGUCUCGUACCUGCCUUUUGGACUGCUGGUACUCCUGCAAUCGCGGUUAUCGGCUGCCAAUUUCGGUGGCUCUUCGCAGUUGGCCAUCUUCAUGAUCCUGCUGGCCAACCUCAUCCCCUUCAUCUUCGCCUAUAGAAAUAAAAGGGUGCGACGUGGAGUCAAGCGGCUGUUUGGCCUGGAAUCAUCGGCUGGUCUGCAGCGUCACUGCAGCAGCAGUGUGAAGACCAAUGGAACUGCUGGACCUGCUGCAGGUGGUGCACAGUUGCAGCGCAACAGCAGCAAGCUGUCGCAGUACAGCAGUAACAGUUGCAGGUAUCUCACGCCUCAGACUUCACUGGUCAGCCAAGUACCGGUGCAUACGACCUUGACUUUGAGGCCGAACAGCAGCUGCAGCACCAUCAUUAAUUUCGGAGGAGCAAGGGGCUCCGCAGAAUCGGAGGAACCCCCACCGGCAACACCACCACCCACUGUUGCCGUUGCAACGCCGCCCACUCGCCCACAACGCCCUAAACUGCAAAGGGGCAUCACCAUUGUGGAGCAUAUAGCUAUAACACCAACUACUCCCCAAAAGUUCCAGAAUCGACGGGCCAGGCUCUUCGACAUGUUCUUCCGAGGCUCGAAGAAACUGCAGUCGGGCUGCCAGAGCCAGAGUUUGCCCACAGAGGUCUAAGGGGGGUUAAGAUAACUAUAUAUCUUAGAAUUUAGACAAACACUAAACUCGCUUGCUGAAGAAUUCUAAAAACAGUAUUCGUAAUUUGUAAGAUUAGCAAUUAGCAAAGACAACUGUUUGAAUUUGAGUUUUAAGACCAGAUCAUGCUGUCCUAGAAGCUUCUCAUGCCAAAAACUAAAACAAGAAAAACACAAAGAAAGUCAAGCUAUAAAGUUUGAGAUGCUUUAAAGUAAUACAAAAACACAAAAACAAAAUAACAAAGUACCUUUAACAAAUAGAAAACUGUGUACAAGUCAAAUUAACAAAGUUUGAGAGACAGGAGUUGUAGUCUUAGGGUGGAUAUCAAACUGUAAAGUGGAACCAAGCCAAGCCAAGUCGAGAUCGUAAUCAAUGUACCUAAGCAACAAGCAUAUGAACAUUUAAUGUUUUUACUCAAGUGGAACCACAAACUAACACAAAAGAAUAGCACGACAGCACAGUUAUUUCGAGCUCACCCACUAAUUUAUUAUUUAUUAUAACAAUUGUAAAUAUUUAUUAGACAUCCACACCGCAAAGCUUUAACUCCAAACAACAUUCUGGCUAAAAGAAAAACAAGAAGAGACGCAAACAUUCAAUUCAUAAGUUAAUUAAGUCAAUGUGCAAAGCAUAUGUGUAUUCUAGAGCUUAAGUUGUAGUAGCCGAGUAGUCUUAAAUUCCGAGCACUUAGUGCCGAGCAGUGCUUUUUCCACCUGGCCAACUGGAGCGUCAUUUGCAGGCGGCAUUUUCAUAUUGAAAAUGUCUCUUGGCCAGUGCAAUGCUGCAUUUGCCAGUUGGCCAGAACGUCAGUCAGCAGUUAGUUAGCCCUUGGCUAGCCAACGGCUAUUGCGCCAUUAAGUCAAUUUGCUUUUUGUAGAACUCCGCGGGCAUUGCGUGCAGCUAAAUACCUCAUUAGAUUUAAUUUAAAGUGUGAGAUGGAUAGCGGCAAUAGGUCAAAGGUCUUAGCCAUCGACCAUUGCCUAUGCAUAAUGCAUGGAGGAAUAGUCGAUUGGCCCUGGCAUUUGUCUCUUUUCGUUUUAGUCCGCUCCAGGCCAGAAAGCUUUAUACCUUAAGUUCUCCUGCUUUGAUUUCCCUUGGCUGCACAAAAUCCAAAAAGAAAAAAUGAAAAGAAAAGAUGAAAAAAACCAACAGACACACAACACUAAACAACCUCGAAUUUAUAUUUCUAAAGUUUAUAUUUUAUAAAAAGUGUGCAUAGGAAAUAUCUAUAAAUAUUCAUGCAUGUGUGUCGGACAAAGAAAAUAUUUCAAAACCAAUUAUUGUGAUGUUGAGCAAGGGGGCAAGCAAGAAUGUAAUUUCGAAAUGCAUUAAAAAUAACUUAAAACAUGUAUUAAUAGUUAUACUAUAUACAAGCUUAUGUGUGUAUACAUAUAUACCUUUACUAAAUAGUGAUAUUUUUCAAAUUUAUUCAACUGUCAUUCGCUAAACCAUUCGAUGUAAGCGCAAAAAGCAAAUCUAAAACUAAAAAAACGAAAAGUAAAACAAAAACAAGUUCAAUGUGACAAAUUAGCUUAUAAUCCGAAAAGAAAAAUGAAUUAACAGUAACAAUUGGUGGCUGAUGCAAGUCCAAUCCGGUAUUUUCCAGCCAAGCUGCUAAUAAAUUCGAAAAUGAAACACCACACACAACAAAAAAACCAUACCAAACCACAAAAAGAGCAAGAAACUAUUCAAAUAAAAGAUUAUGUGUCUUAAAAGAAUUAA